AAUAGAGCGAUGGCCGAGUACCACGUCGCACAGAAAGUGGAAGCUAUAACGGUAGGAAGCAAACUCUGCAGGAGUGAGAUUAUCCAAGAGUACCAGGAAUGGGUGAAAGAUGGUAAAUACGACCAGGACAUGGCCACCCUGGGAUUCGCCGGCCCAUCUCUGACAGCGGAUUACAUAGCAACUUACUUCCCAAAUAACAAGGAUGACGUCUUCAUCCUAGACGUGGCAGCAGGGACAGGAAAAGUAGGGAUUGAGCUACUGAGGCGUGGUUUCUCCCAAAUCGACGCCCUGGAUCCGUGUUCGGCCAUGCUGAACGCGGCGAAAGAGCGGCAGAUUUAUAGGGAUUAUAUCAGUGCCGAAGUGAACGGCUCUGAGCUGGAUAUACCGGAUGGUACGUACGAUGCUAUCACGUGUGUCGGUGGGAUAGCGGAUGGUCAUCUACCGGCUGAGUCUGUCACAGAAAUGCUACGCCUGAUCAAAAAUGGUGGUAUUAUAGUUUUGACUGGUAACGCCGGCGUGUGGAGAGAGCUCCCGGAGUAUUCCGUCAAAAUGGCGGCAAUCAUUAAGGGCUUGGAGAAAUCUGGAAAACUCUGUGUCAUCAAGGAAGAGAUAUCAGAUAAUUAUCGGUUCAGCAUGGAAAAGGCAAGAACACAAGGAAUCACGAUUGUUAUGAAAAAGUUGUGA